GAGUGCAGCCAAAAGAGGGAGGGGAAGAGGAAAUGCGGUUCGACUGGGUUGUGUCUUCUUCGAACUAUCCCGGCUGCUUUUGACACGCCAUAUCUCGACUUGGGAAGAAGGGCGAAAUCUUUUGUUUUGCUUUUCUACUCACUAUUAAGCCACUUUUGUUGCCUUUGGACAAGGGCGUGUGGUUUCCAACCGGAAUGCCCCUACUAGGUUGCUGAACACCAGACGCCUGAUAAUGGCUUCCAUAGUCGGCAAAGUUGCCGGGAGACUUUUGGGAAGUCUCGGGGCUCGUCGCCCCGUUUUGAAAGCGCUUCGCCCGGCGACGUUUCUUCACAAGGUGCGUCUUAUUGGAGCUUGUCAGGCUGUAUUCUACAGCACACGCCCGCCCCCUACAGAAGUGUCGCUCACCUACAAGCACGGGCGUCUGGCUCUGGAGGUGCCGCUGACGUGCAGGAGCGAGAUGUGCCUCUUCUUUCUACAGCCCAUGCUCAUGACGGUGGGCAACCUGGUCGGCGAGCUGCAGAGGGAAGACCCCGGUGCCACCGCCACGGUGCUCUCCAAAGAUGGCAAACGUGUGGCCUACAACACGCUGAUAGAAGCACUGCUGAUAGACAAGCGCUUCAAGCUGGUCAUCAACAACACCGUUUACGAUGUCCACGCGCCGGAGAAAGUGUGCAAGUCCAGUGAGCACGCCCUGCAGCUGGACGACAUGAAGCACGUGGUGCACCUGCUGCACACGGCCCUUCACCUGCCCGAACACCAGCUGAUUCAAGAGCGCCAGCUACUGGAGAGACUGGACAGCCUCAAACAGGAGUUGUCCCCCCUGGAGAAGAUGAAGGCACAGCUGUCUCAAACUGCCGAGGUCCAUACAUCCAGGGCGAUUUGGACGGGUUUGGCGCUUUUGUCCGUGCAGGGCGGCGCCCUGGCCUGGCUCACAUGGUGGGUGUACUCGUGGGACGUCAUGGAGCCCGUCACCUAUUUUGUCACCUAUGCCACCAGCAUGGGGGCCUUCGCAUACUUCGUCCUCACAAAGAAGGAUUAUGUUUACCCCGAUGCAAAGGACAGACAAUUCCUGCAUUACUUCUACAAGGGGGCGAGCAAGAAGGAGUUCAAUGUGGAAAAGUACAACAAACUCAAAGAUGAGUUGGCUCAGGUGGAGGAUGACCUCAAGCGCUUGCGCAAUCCAACGCAGCUUCAACUCCCCAUCGAACAGAUCCAGGCCAAGCCAUGAUGUCAUCACAGCGCAAAAAAGAAAAACACUUCAGGUUUAUUUUCAUAAUGCUGCAUUUUUAAUCAGAAAUAUUGAUGACUGUUGUAUUUGGAUGGGGCGAGGGGGAGGGGCGGGACGGAUACAAACAAACUGGAAAAUUGAAAUAAACUCAUUUGCUG